CCCAGGCUCCUUAAAAGUUUCUCUAAAUUUUAACCGUUUUCAGACUUAUUAUUGUGUGAAAAUUGCAUUUUGUCGGGUAGGCACUUAGCAAAGUGGAUGUUGGUGGAUUAUAUAGUUAAUUUUUUCUACAACUGAUAACUUUGGCUGGCGAAGAGCAUAAACUAAGACUGGCUAAUAGAUAAGAGUUGACGAGUGGUCAAUUAGGGGAUAGGACAGUCUGAGAGCCAGAACUGAUGCACUUGAAGCUAUCUUGUUUAAUAUUCUAAGUGCAAACAGGAAAUGGCUAGUCCUGAGAAAAUUGAUGUGGCAAGUUCAGGGGCAAAGGAUGGGGAGGCUGGGGAAGGCCCUGUUGCCAUGGAUACUGAUAAUACAGAAGUGGCAUCUCCGAGCAAAGAUAAAGAUGAAACAGCUGCGGGAAAGACAAAGGAGAGGGACGAAGCAGGAGAUUCUGCUGCUGGAGAAAAUCCGAGUUCAAAGGCACCAUCUGGAUCUGAUGAGGCAGCUACUGGAGUUGGCGACAAGGAGGAUGCAGCUGAUGAAGGAAAGAAACCUGAUAUCGAAGUGAUACAAGAUCGACUACCCGAGGUUGAUAUUGUCAUGUGUUUUGGACGCUGUCAGGAUUGUAUCCGGAAAGCUUGCAAGAAGAUACGGAGCGAGAAUACAAAGACCGAUCUGCUUCUUUGUCAAGAGUGCCUGGAUCUUCACUUGCAAAUCGCCAUUGACGGGGAAAAGAAACUUAACAUCAAUGUAGAGGAGAACCAGAAAGACUCGGAAGAAUAUCCGUCAGAGAAGCGCGUCCCAUGGGAGUGCAAGAACAGGCCAAAUUACACUCCUGCGCAAAAGGCAAAGUAUGUCAAAGAGAAGUAUGGCAAGCGUGUGGCUUUUGACGAAUUAGAUGCUCCAAUCGACAAGUUACAAACGAAAUUUGAGUAUGUAGAGGUGCGCAGUGAUGGAUUGGUUGGUGGGCAAGGGACUAUUGAGCUGUCUAUUCCAGACUUUAAAAAGCCUUCUGCUGCAUCUACUGAAGGAGGUGAUGGUAACGAGAUGGAUGCAACCAGUGGUGACAAGACAAGUUCAGCCAGUGCAGGAGGCGACAGUGGCAAGUUGGAGGCAAGUGCUGAAGGUGGUUACAGUGGCAAGUCGGAGACAACUGCUGAAGGUGGUGACAGUGGCAAGUUGGAGGCAACCGUCGAUGGUGGUGACAGUGGCAAGUUGGAGGCAACUGCUGAAGGUGGUUACAGUGGCAAGUCGGAGGUAACCGUUGAUGGUGGUGACAGUGGCAAGUCGGGGGCAACCGCUGAAGGUGGUGACAGUGGCAAGUUGGAGGCAACUGCUGAAGGUGGUUACAGUGGCAAGUCGGAGGUAACCGUUGAUGGUGGUGACAGUGGCAAGUCGGGGGCAACCGCUGAAGGUGGUGACAGUGGCAAGUCGGAGGCAACUGCUGAAGGUGGUGACAGUGGCAAGUCGGAGGUAACCGUCGAUGGUGAUGACAGUGGCAGGUCGGAGGCAACUGCUGAAGGUGGUGACAGUGGCAAGUCGGAGGCAACUGCUGAAGGUGGUGACAGUGGCAAGUCGGAGGCAACUGCUGAAGGUGGUUACAGUGGCAAGUCGGAGGCAACUGCUGAAGGUGGUGACAGUGGCAAGUUGGAGGCAACUGCUGAAGGUGGUGACAGUGGCAAGUCGGGGGCAACUGCUGAAGGUGACAGUGGCAAGUCGGAGCCAACCGUCGAUGGUGGUGACAGUGGCAAGUCAGAGGCAACCGUCGAUGGUGGUGACAGUGGCAAGUCAGAGGCAACUGCUGAAGAUGGUGACAGUGGCAAGUCGGAGGCAACUGCUGAAGGUGGUGACAGUGGCAAGUCGGAGGUAACCGUCGAUGGUGAUGACAGUGGCAAGUCACAGGCAACCGUCAAUGGUGGUGACAGUGGCAAGUCGGAGGCAACUGCUGAAGGUGGUGACAGUGGCAAGUCGGAGGCAACUGCUGAAGGUGGUGACAGUGGCAAGUCGGGGGCAACUGCUGAAGGUGGUGACAGUGGCAAGUCGGAGGCAACCGUCAAUGGUGGUGACAGUGGCAAGUCGGAGGCAACUGCUGAAGGUGGUGACAGUGGCAAGUCGGAGGCAACUGCUGAAGGUGGUGACAGUGGCAAGUCGGAGGCAACUGCUGAAGGUGGUGACAGUGGCAAGUCGGAGGCAACUGCUGAAGGUGGUGACAGUGGCAAGUUGGAGGCAACUGCUGAAGGUGGUGACAGUGGCAAGUCGGGGGCAACUACUGACGGUGGUGACAGUGGCAAGUCGGAGGCAACCGUAGAUGGUGGUGACAGUGGCAAGUCGGAGGCAACUGCCAAAGGUGGUGACAGUGGCAAGUCGGAGGCACCUGCUGAAGGUGGUGACAGUGGCAAGUCGGAGGUAACCGUCGAUGGUGAUGACAGUGGCAAGUCGGGAGCAACUACUGACGGUGGUGACAUUGGCAAGUCGGGGGCAACCGUCGAUGCUGGUGACAUCGAAAUGACUGAUGCAGACAUUGAAAGGGUUGACGCUCCCAAGACUAAAGCAGCUGUUGAAGGAGGUGACAUUGAAAUGGCCGAUACAACCGUUGAAGGAGAUGAGGUGAAUGAUGAUACCAGUAGUACCAAGGUAGAAAAACCCAAAGGCAGCGUAACCAUUGAAGGGAUCGGCCUUGAGAAGACAACAUAUGAUGCUGAUGUCAUAAGAUUUAUUGGCUUGGCAAACAAUGGCAUGGACUUCUUUGUGCAAAUGAGUAUAGAAGUUGGAGAGUGGAAUAUCAAAAACUACUUCUUUUUAUUGAAUAAUGAUACAACCUUGUUUCAACUUGUCAACAAUGCCAGGAGGAUGAUGUACAUCAUCAGAGGGGAGGAUAAGUAUUCGAGUGACUUCUUGAACUUCAUGGAACCCAUCAAUCGCCUCUGUCAAGUACAAGUGACAAAGAUCAAGAACAAACAAGAUGAGGAAGAUAAUGACAAGAACAUUUAUGAAGGAAAGACAAACAUCCUCUGGACUAAGAACUACCAUGCCAGCCUGGAUCCUGAGUACCUUUGGUUAAAGGAGACAUUAGAAAAAGAAGACAAGGCAUUGCUGUUGGCCUACUAUAACCAUGACGAUAAGGAACGGGACAUUAUAGACGUGGUCAAGCUCCGAUACAAGAAAAUCGAGAAAUGGAUUACGAUACACAUCUUCACAACCAAUGGAUUUGAAUACAAGAUGGAGGCUUGUAAAAAGAAUGACAAGGACUACCUCCUGUUGAAGUCGAAGAUGACAAGGUCUCCAAUAGAUCAGGGAGUCCUGAAAGAUAUUCCAAGAUUUGUUGACAAAGUCAAAUACCUCAUGGAGAUGAUGCAACCAGUGACCUUUGGAAUACGAAAAGAGAGAGAUGAGAAUGAAAAGAGAAUUGAUCAUCUGGGAAAAAUCUUCCGGGAUGCGGAGCAGCAUGUGGCACCUUCACAGGGAGUAGUCCAGGCCGGGGACACUCUUGGGGCAGUGGAUACAGCUUAUGACCCUAGCUUAGCACCAUCUGAUGAGGAGAUGAAGAAAAACUGGGAAGAGUUGUGCAAAGUUUUCAAGGAGAAAGAGAAGUUUGUAUAUGAUGCUUUCGAUGCCACAGGACUUGAUCCUAAUGUCAGAGAUGGCUUUGACCAAUGCGUCAUUGAAGUGCAAACCAAUUUUGAGAUUGGACAAUACGAAUCAGUCAUUGACCAAGCUGGAUCGAUUUUGGAAUACUACAAGAAUACAACAAAUGGCAAGAUAAAACAACUAGUAUCAAGACGUCACCUCAUGAAGUUUAUUCACUUCCUGCUUGUAACGUUGCCUAAUAAGCCGAAGAUGCACAAGACCAUUAAUACGAAGGAUGUGCCUGGACUUGCCCCAAAGGAUGAGGGCUUUAGAAACCUUUGGGAGAAGCUCCGUGAAGCUUUCAACGGAAAAACUGAUUUCCCCACAAAUGCACUCAGUGGAAAAGUUUCAGAUGUUGCUGUGGACAGCGAUGAUAGUUACAAUGAAUAUGCCUCUGAGGUACAGACAUGCUUCUUUACAGAGGAGUUUGGCAAAGCCAUUGAUAUCGCCCGAGCAAUGUUGAAGGAGUUCUACAAGACGGUUAAUCCAAGCAUCAAAGAAAAGGUCAUGGAGAAAAGCCUGCUCAAAUUCAUAUUCAUAACUAUCUUUGGUGUAGAGGCAUUGCCUGGCACAGCAGAUUUCAGGCUACCCACUGAGGUGGAUCAAAGAGUGGUGGAUACGAACGAUGUACCAGGUCUUCAACCAUAUAGUGAGGACAAGAAAGCAGCGUGGACUGACUUCCUAGGGGUUUUUAGAGACAGGACAGAUUUCCCUACAGAUGCACUCAAGGAAACUGGACUCGAUCCAAAUAAUAGGAGAGGCUUUGACGAUUUGGUUGUUAUGAAUAUACAGUUGGACUUUGCCAAUGAGAAAUACAACGAUGUAAUAGAUACAGCCAGGGCCAUGAUGGAGAUUUACCAGCAUUCCACCGAUGUGAUUCUUCGGGUAUCCGCAUCAGAAAGAAGUCUGCUGAAAUUCAUCCACAUGUUGAUAUUCCAAUGGUGCACCGCUUGAACAUUUUAAUGAACAUUUGAAAAUUCACUGAGACUACAUCAUGGAUCCUUUCUCCAAGGACGUCUCUGGGUUGAUCCUAAGUUUCAAAAUACCAUCCAUUUUACCUCUGUGAUCAGGACGUAUAUCUGUUUAGGGCAACAUUUGUACAUUUGUCCUUAUAAGCUGUGGUCCAAAUCAAACAAAUUGAAAUCCGUGACAGCAUUCAGGGGCAAAGUAAGAGUGCUCUUGUCAAGAUGAAUUCCAAUAAAACUUAUUCCGCAUCAACCGGAUACACUGACUUUAAUCAAGAGAAUAUCCAAGUCCAAGAGCAAUUGUUUUAGUAAAACACUUGUCUUCCAAGUGGCCAAGUUUGGUUCCAGGAACUCCAGAGAUUUUCUUCUCAGCCUUUCCUUUGCAAUUGGAGGUGUUUUACUCCAGAAAAUAUUUCACCUCCAAGGCGGGAUGAGCAGUAUUAAUCGAAUUUUCGAGAUUGUGCCAGCUCCAUUUAACAAAUGCUGUAUUUUGUUAAGAAAUAUCUACGGUAUGAGAUAUCUUUUAAGAUAUCUGUUUGAAUUGAUGAUUGCACGCAAAUGUAAAGAGCAAUUAGUAUUUUAUUAAAGUCAAAUAGAUAUUACAUGUAGGUUAAAGUGUGCAUUGCUUGCCAGUAUAAAAAGUAACUUGUAUUUUAUUCCUGUUCCGAAGAGCUAAUAAGAACAAUAUGACAUAGAGAUUCUGUUCGGUGUCUUUCAAUAACGUGCUGCUAAUCUCUCUCAUCAUUUUAGCAAGACAGUGGGGCAACCUGGCCAAUUUCAGUUGGGUUUUGACUGACUAAUUUCUCACACCCCUUUGCUAAGAGAGGGUGGAUCAGCCGGGACUUUUCAAUCUCGUUGUGACUGUAUCGUCUAUUUCUCAGCUCUGACAGCACAGUGGCACUGUCGGCCUGAAUUCAGGCUGGUUGUGACUGUCUCAUUGUUGUAUAGUAAUUGUAAAACCUUUCUUAUGAGUAGCACUGUAAUGUGUAAUUCUUGGAAUUAAGUGUGCGGGAUUAUUGGAAUUGGGUUUAGAUAAGAUACCGGUGGAUAAUCGUGGAAAAUUCCCACGGUCUACUUUUAAUCCUCCAUUCUCCCCAGCGUGAUCAAUUACGUGAUCAAUUACGUCAGCAUUGAUGCGGCUCCUCAUUGGAUGGAGACGCAUCAACGUUGCCCCCUGAUUGGUGCAGACAAAGCUGCGCGUGAAUACAAAACAGCUGUCCGCACACUCUCGGCAGAGAGAGAGAUAGAGAGAGAGCGAGAGAGAGUUAUUCCAGUCUCCCGAGUAUUUCUAGUCACGUGCACGAAUCGUCAUUCCGACGAACUAUUUUAUCAAUUAUGACUUUG